AGGAGCCGCUGCCUUGGCAGCCGCCGGGACGCGGAGAGUCUCUCGCCUCAACUUGGCUUGGAGGGCGGCGCCGCCAUGCUGGGGGCCGAGAUCCCCUUCCCCCGCCCCAGGAGAGAAGCUUGGCCGGAGCUUGUGGAGGAGCCUUCGCCGCCGGGGAGCGGGGUGGAAGAUUCGGCUGGGCAGGGGGUUGCCGCCACCGCCACCUCCUCUUCCUCCUCCUCUUCGGUGGCGCAGCGGUGGGAGGAAGAGGCGAGGCGGGGGGCGGCCCCCCUGGCCAGAGACCCCCCGCGCGGCGGGGAGGCGGCCGGGGGCGAGGAGGAGCCGCUCCUCAGGGGCAUUUUCCAGAUCGGGAAGAGGAGCUGCGACGUGGUGCUCAGCGCCAGGCAGCUCCGGUGGAGCCCCAUCCAGCCCGAGAGCCGCGGGGGUGAUUCCAAUAUGAACUUACCAUGUAAAGAGGAAUUUGUUGAAAUGAAAGAUAUAUUUUCCAUAAAAUUGAAACGUCGUCGUUUUGUAGGACAGAAGAAAGGUGGUGUAUUGUUAGGUAUCACAGUUUUUGUAUGCCUGAAAAAAGAAAAUAAAUUAAAGGACACUGCCAUCAAUUUUAAUAAUUUAAGUGAAGACCACUGUCAUUCCUGGUUUAGAUGUUUGAAGGAAAUUUUGAAUGGCUUUCCAAAUAGACCAAAGUUCCUAAAAGUAUUUGUUAACCCAAACAGUCAUAAAAGAGAAGCUACUCAUGUUUAUUAUGAACAAGUUGCACCUCUCUUUAAGCUUGCUGACAUCAAAACUGACGUCACAGUAACUGAAUAUGAAGGACAUGCUCUCUCAGUGCUUAAGGAAUGUGAACUCCACACAUUUGAUGGGGUGGUUUGUGUUGGUGGCGAUGGGUCUACCAGUGAGAUAGCUCAUGGUCUACUACUUAGAGCUCAGAUAGAUGCUGGAAGAGAUACAGAUUACAUUCUUUCACCUGUCAGAGCACCACUUCCUCUUGGCAUUAUACCAGCAGGUUCCACUAAUGUUUUGGCUCAUACUCUUCAUGGAAUCAACCAUGCAGUAACUGCAACAUUGCAUAUUAUAAUGGGACAUAUACAGCCAGUGGACAUCUGCACUUUCAGUAGUCCAAGCAAGCUUCUUCGUUUUGGAUUCUCAGCUAUGUUUGGUUUUGGUGCAAGAACUCUGGCUUUGGCAGAAAAGCAUCGCUGGAUGCCCUCCAACCAGAGGAGAGAUUUUGCUGUAAUUAAAACACUGGCAAGUCUAAAGCCAGAGGAAUGUGAGUUAUCAUUUCUACCUCUGAAAAAUUCACUGCAGGGCUCCCAGGAGAAAGUUACAAAGAAGAAAGAGAGAUUUAAAAAAUCUGACAGCAAGGUUCAGUGGCACACGAUUCAAGGUCACUUCCUGAAUGUGAGCAUUAUGGCAAUCCCUUGUCUAUGUUCAAUGGCACCAAGAGGCUUGGCACCUAAUACCAGGUUGAAUAAUGGUAGCAUGGCUCUUAUUGUUGUACGAAACACUUCUCGGUCCGAGUUUAUAAAACAUCUGAAAAGAUAUGCCAGUGUGAAAAAUCAGUUUAAUUUUCCCUUUGUUGAGACCUAUGCAGUUCAGGAAGUAAAAAUCCAACCAAGAACUAAAAUUGGGCAUGACACAGAAGAAAAUGUGUAUUUGCAUGCUACUUCUGCAGAAGUGAAUUAUCCUUGGAAUAUAGAUGGAGAUUUAAUGGAAGGAGCAUCAGAGGUUCACGUUCGGGUGCACCCGCAACUUAUUAAUCUUUAUGGAGUGAGCAUUGAUGAACUGGAUGAUUCCAAAGCAAUGUGCAGUUGUCUGUAGAAGAAAUUUAUGAAGAAAUGUGUUUCAUGGUGCAGGCUCUGCAUAAAAGACUCAUAUUUUCAUCUUAAAACAGCUAUUUAAGGCCCAUUCCUUCAUCCACUGAAAUCAAUGGAUGAAGGACCGAGACUGAAAUUAGGAUGUUGAUAUAUUUUUUUAAUAUUGUUAGUUUUAUAUAAAGUAAAAUAAUUGUAAUUAUCAAACAAAAUGUUCAUAGUUUUAACCUUAAAAACCCUGAAAAUAAAUAUAUUGACAAAUAUA